CCGCCCCUCCCAGGAGCGCGGUUGGCUGCGCAGUGGCCGCGCGCUCGGUCAGGGUGGUGGUGUGGGCGGCGGUGUCAUGGCGGACCGGUUAACGCAGUUGCAGGACGCCGUGAACUCGCUCGCAGACCAGUUCUGUAACGCCAUCGGAGUGCUGCAGCAGUGUGGCCCCCCGGCCUCUUUCAGCAACAUUCAGACUGCAAUAAACAAAGAUCAACCUGCUAAUCCCACGGAAGAGUACGCCCAGCUGUUUGCAGCAUUGAUUGCACGAACUGCAAAAGAUAUUGAUGUUCUAAUAGAUUCCCUGCCUAGUGAAGAAUCAACAGCAGCUUUACAGGCUGCUAGUCUGUAUCGAUUAGAAGAAGAAAAUCACGAAGCAGCUGCCCGCCUGGAAGAGGUGGUUUUCCGCGGGGAUAUGCUGCUGGAGAAGAUCCAGAGUGCGCUGGCAGAUAUCGCGCAGUCGCAGCUGAAGACGCGGAGAGGCGCACACAGCCAGCCCCUGCCGGAGGCGUAGCACCCGGCCGCAGCCGCUGGCGGGGAGAAGGCGGAGCUGGCAGGAGUAGCCCGGCUCUCGGGGUGCACUGCGCGGCGGUAGCAGCGGCUCUUGGCAAAGCGCAGGCUGUAGGUUUCGGAUGAGAAACUGCUGCAGAAUCAGUGGUUCUGAUAGACCUGUCUUAAUUUAUGCUUCCUUGACUUAAACUAUUCAUUUCAGACCUUUCUCUUCAUAAAUAUGUCUGACUUCAUCCUGUUUUGUUAUCUUUGUUUCACAAGCCUUAGUCCCUAAGGGGAAUUCAGAAGAAGGAAAAUAUAUUGUUUGUGUAGUUUGCUCACUCCUAAUUUCAAACUUUUAUGUAUUUUUCUAAGGCUGAAACAGAGACACGCUUUAAUUUGCCACACUUUAAUUCCACAGGGACAGUGCUAGACAAUCAUGUGUAUACAGUGGUGACCAUAUGUUUUAAUUAAGAGAAAUAGUAAUUAAGUAUUUGUAUUACCACUUGGCUGGUUUACCACCCUUUACGGUGCAAGUCAAGGGGUAAGUAAACUCUAGUAUUUGCAGAGUAACUGUUCUUGCCAUUGAUAGCUCACUUAAAUAAAACCAUCUGCAGGUAUCCUA